AUGGCUAGACAACGUGCUUCAUCAAAUCUUCAAGGUUUAGAAAAUGAGAAACCCAUUCCUCGAGGUGAACCAGAUCAGAUAAUUAAUUUUGAGAAUAAUACACAAAUUUUCCCUGCUGGACAUGAACCAACUGGUGAAAUUAUUCGAGAAAAAUCUGAUUUAUAUCGAUUACAAGAUGAAGAUUUUCGUUUACGUGUUCAUGAAAUUGAAACAGGUGACCAUCAUAGAGCAAAUGAUUCUAUAAAUCAUCGAUCUCAAAGUAUUACAUCAGAAUAUGAUCCUGUUGUACACCGAGAUUCGAAACUAGGUCGUUUACAAUUAUCAAUACGGUAUAAUAAUGAACAAAAUCAAUUAAUUAUUCAAAUUCUUGAUGCACAAGGUUUAAUAAGACCUGAACAAUUCUAUGCACCUGAUAUGAAUUUAACAUUUUCAUUAAUUGGAAAUGAUAAUAAAGAAUUUAGUACAGAAAAACAUAAUAGAAUUAUCGUUGAAAAUUCAGCUGUAUUAUGGAAAGAACCUAUGGUAUUUUCUCAUAUACACAAAAAUAUUUUGGAACAAAAUUUACAUAUAUUGGCUACAAAUCAUACGGAUCCAUCAGCACCUCGUGAUCGAGAAAUAUUAAUUCCUUUGAGUGAUCUUCAAAGUCAUGAUAAAGAAAUUAAUCAAUGGUUCAAUUUACAAUUCGUCACAUCUACAUAA